UAUUGCGGUUGACGCGUCAUACGGCAUUUAUAAACUGGGCUAUCUUAUUAGGGUAUUACAACAAUUUACAAUGACUUCAACCAGACGUUUCGUUUGCUGUAGUGUUUCGCUUUUAUUCUCGAGCACACAAGCGUAAAAGUGACUUUUCAACAAUAACAGAAAGAUUUUUCUGGUAAAUUCAAAGCCAAGUUGGCUUGUUUUUGUUUUUCCCACUCGAGCGAAAACGAGGGGUCGGUUGGAAUAUCUGCUAUAAACCAAGGAUGACACGUUUUAAGCUAAAACCGCACAUCAUACGCGUGCAGUAACACGACAUGAGCUCCGUCAACCUUAUUGGUUGUUAUUUCAGUCAGGCAGGAAGAAAGGUCGAUUACUUUACUUUCACAGUUUGUUUGUUAAAUUUAUCGGGAGUAAUAAAUCGCUAAAGAAAUUUAUACAUGUUGUUUUCCUCAUUUAAAAUGCCUUACGCGGUGUUUAUAUCAUGUCAGUUUAACGAGCAGAGCGACAUCUGCUUGUAUCUAUUGAAACCAUCACGAAAAUUCAAAUUUUCACCAAUGUUUCAGAAAUCGGCAAGUAUAGUUUUCUUUCCAUCUAGAAAUUAAAUAAGGUACAUAUAAAAAUAAAAUAAAACGCUUUUUAAAGUGCAUCAUGCAUAUUCGCUUUAGAAAACCAAAGUCACGUCAAGUUAUUGAAAUAUGUCAACAGAUAUUUCAAAGAUAUUGAAACAGCAAGAAUUUUCCUCGUAUUCUCCGCUCAUCGCCUUUCUAUUCUUUCGGUAAUUUGUUCCGCUGAUUAUAAGAAAUCAGAAAUUUUGUUUAUAACAACAACAAGAAGGAUUUUUCUUUUUUCAAAGAAUAGAUCAAAAAGUUAUUCGCGAUCAGUUUGAAUUCAUGCAAGGAUAGUGCACUCUUAAGGUACACUGAUUGUAGACAUGAAGUAUAUUUGCUCAGCCCUACCUAACAAGGGAAGUCAAUUUUUUUUUUUUUUCAGCGGCUGGUGUAGCAGAUUAGUUUGUAUAACAUAAAAGGAUCUGCUUUGCACGGUUUGUUUUGUUUAAUGCUUCAGCUUAGAAAAGAAAUGCCAGUCUUUUGGAUCCAAAAAUAGAAAAAAUAAAAUCCGCUUAAUUUAUAUUUGUAUAUACGGUUACGCGCCGGCACUAGGAUAUAUUGCAAGCGAUUUUAACGCCCCCCCUACUGAGCGACAUCAAGUCGUCUUUUGGAGUCACAGAAACUGUUAGCUUUGAAUCAAAGUGUAAUAAUCACAUUUUUAGUUAUUCUUAGCGCUCUGUUGCCACAUAUAUCGAAGAGUUUCACACGACUAUUUACUGUGAGUCCCUCUGUUGAAAGCGUUGUCGCUUGAGUGAUUUUAAUGUUUCGCGAUCAGUGAUUGCCUGAAGCUGUUCUGGAUAUCUGUUGUUAUGCGCCUUGUUUUCGAGAUUUUGUGUAACAAUAACAAAAUGAAUGGUUGUGACGUUGUUGAACUUUACCAGCAUUGUGAAUAUCUUCUCAUAGGCUAAACGACGUUUUUAAAGGCACGUCGAUUGUAAUUAUGUUUUCGCCCGGGGCGAGAAUUUACCUCUAACCCUGUUUUUUCAAGCGAGAACAAGGAGCGAACUGUAAAUUUACUUUUGAACCUCGGAUUGUUGGAGAGGCGACGAUUUGAAGUGUGACUCUAUGAUUGACAGGAAAAAAAAAAGUGUUUACAAAAUGAACUUGUGAUCGUUGUCAGCAAGACCAUUAUUUAGCUCCCGGUAUUCAAAAUUUCAGUCGGAAGCGUCAAAUGAAUUGUACUAGUCCCUGCGGAAACAAUCGCAGUUCUUUAAUGUCGUAGAUUUUCUGCCUCAAACGAGCAGGGAUUCGGAAGGCUUGAUUUGUAUUUGAGUAGUUUAACGCUCGGAUUAGAAAUGUAAGUAGUCGAAAUAGCCUUGACAUGUACUUAACUCCUCAAUCAAAAUAAGCUCGCAGGUGAUAUGACAGGGUUCACGCAUUUAAGGAUCUCUCAGCCAAUCAGAGAGCUUCUUGCAACGCCUCAUGCUGAUUUCGCCAAUCACGAUCGACAAAGAAACCAUCUGUUCUCGGUUUGUUCACUUCUCUCUUGUCUUCUUUGCUCAUCUAAACAGCCAAAUUGUGCGGUUUAUGCAUUGAGCUGACGGAGAGAGCAUUUUCUCGGCCGGGGGUUAGCAUUUGUUGGACUACUCACAGCGAUUCUAGCCAAGAUUUGUGCGGUUGUCCUCUCGUCAAAGGUGAUCUGUUCCUUCUUGAAAGCGCGUGCAUCUCUCGUUUUGAAAUAGCCUGAUUUGACUCUGCAAAUUUCCGUUCAUCUCGAUAUAAAUGGUUAAAUGGUUGUCGUAUUGUAGAGAAUUUAUUCAAGCGGAAACCGCAAGGUACUCGACAUUCGUGACUCCACCGACGUUGAAAAUCAAGCAAAGAGAUCGACAGUGGUUUUAUGGAGUUAACUUGACUGGAACUUCGAUUUAAGGUCAGUGGAUAGUUUGCCACAGAAGCAUCCGCGAAUAGAGUGCCUGGUUUCACCACUUUCGAAUCGGACGAGAUCCCUCGAGCUGGGGAAGUUGGUUGUAACACGUUUGCUCCAAAGAGAACCUUUCGCCGGCGAGGAAUAGAUAUGAACAUGGGUGGCAGAAGUGAAGCUACUUCAGAGUGUAAAAGUGUGACCAAUUCAACAAGGAAUUCGAUCUCUCAAGACGACAAGGGCAGUGAAUUAAAGGGAAGGAAACAAGCCGGGAGAUCGGCUAGUAGCGAUAAGAAAAGCGAAAAUGCCGAGCCUUCGAAGUUGACUUACACUUCAGAAGAAGAUGUUUACUACGAACCGGGAGACUGCGUUUAUAUCGACAGUCAAAGACCGGAUGUGGCAUAUUUUAUUUGUGCUAUCAAAGAGUUUCGUAUGAGCAAACGAGACUCCCUUGUCGUGGUGGUAAGAUGGUACUAUCGUCCUUCAGAGGUCCCAGAAUCAGUCUACCAGCUAUUGAUUCAGGAUAGAAAUGCAGAAAAUGGUUCUGGUGACCACAUUCUAGAGGAUGUUGCUGUCAAGGAGCGAGAAUUGUUUAUUUCAGAUGCGACAGAUGUCUAUCCAGCUUCUGCACUAAGGGGAAAAUGCAAAGUGCGACCAUUUGUGGAGAUCACAGAUUCAGUCAAAGGAUACAUACAGAAAGAUGAUUGCUUUUUCUAUGUACUUGGUUACAACCCAGAGACAAGGAGGUUAGCAAAUACCAAAGGUGAAAUAAGAGUUGGAGUAAGCCAUCAGGCGACUCUCCCAGAGUGUUGUCCAUAUCCUAUGAAUAGCUCAGAGGAAGCAGAAAAACCAAGAGAAGAGCUGAUGUGGAAUCCAACUCUUGAUGACUAUGAGUUGAUGAUGUAUCUACGAGCUGCAAGGAGUAUGGCGCAGUAUGCUGGAAUGUGUAAUGGUGGUUCACCUGAGGAUGGCUACAGUGCUGUAUCUCAGGAUGCCACAACAAGCAAUGCCCUUAAUGUGCUUCAUCAGAAUAAUUACGAUGCAGCCAAAGCCUUACAAGCUCUGGUGAAGAAGCCCUACCCCAAGGAACUGGAAAAGAAAUGGUCUGAUGAUGAAACGAAAAAGUUUGUCAAGGGACUGAGGCAAUAUGGAAAGAACUUUUACAAGAUCAGGAAGGAACUGCUUUCCCACAAAGAAACGGGAGAGCUUGUAGAGUAUUACUACACAUGGAAAAAGACUCCCACAGCGUUGAGUUCUCGACCACAUAGGCGUCGAAGACAUAACGUUCUUAGGCGCAAGGCUCUCCCCAGAACAUCCAAGAACAUUGUCAGCGAAUUCGUUGAUCUUAGCUCUUGCAGUGAAGACGAUUAUGACAGUGAUGACAGCGAAAGAGAUUUGAGGUUGUACUGUUGUCGGCAUUGCUAUACGACUGAGUCUCGCAGCUGGCAUCACGGCAGCCAAAACAAGGUGAUUUUAUGCGACGAUUGCCGGAUUUACCACAAGAAAUACGGCAAGCUUCCCGCGACAGAUGAAACGCGCGAGCCGCCGCCUUACAUGUUCAAGGUUGUCGUGGAGAGGGAACUCAGAGAUGAGGAUGGCUACAUGGUGAAUGGAAAACUAGCUCUCCGAAGCAGAAGAGCCAUUCCUCCAGUGCAAACAACGCUAAGAUCAGGACGAAACAAGACUGCUAGCCCCGUCGAAGGAGCGACUAGUGAGUCGUCUGGAGGAAGCCGAAGACUAGCAAAGAUAAACAAGGCGCCUUCACCGUCAAGUGGCAGCACUUCAAGUACUGGAAGCAGCGGGGGAAAAGACAAACUCAAGAAGGGUAAGGUGAAGAAAGGAAAGAAGCGUCGACGGGAUCAGUCACCUGAGAAUCAAACGACAGACAAACGAAAGAAAGCUCAGUCGCAGGACUCUGACGAAGAUGCCAAUGAUAACGCUAGCGACACUAGCAGCACUACCGGGGGUAGGGACAGUGUACUUCCAGACCAUGAUGCCAGUAGCGUUUGUAGCAACAGCAGUAACAACAAUGACGAGGUCGCCAGUAACCGAUCGUGCUCGCCGGCCGGGAGUAGAAGUGAAGUGCCUGGGCCUGUUUCGCUUCCUCCCAAAUUUAAGCGCGUCAUUACGGGCGAAGAGGGACGAAGCUGUGUGCGCACUGACGUCAUCUUCGUGCAUCCCGAGAAACCGAAGAAGGACCUAGCGUGUUCUCGAGAAGCGUCGGUUUCUAAGGAGUCGCCAUCAAAGGCUGAGGCUAGAGUGGAAUCGUCUUCGGAAGCACCGGCUCGUUCAAGUGCCAGGCACUCACCGUACGACACUCCAGCUACCAUCACGUCACAUUACGAGGCGUCGCUACGCAACAUGAUGGCGGGAGGACAAUACCAUUGGUAUCCCUCGAACAUCCCACCGGGUAUGUCAUCCCAGGGCAUCAACAUACCGGGAUUCUCGCAUCCGAGCGCUGGCAUGGAUAGGAUGCUUCCUUUGCACAUGUUCUCAGGGAUGGGCGUUGUCCCCGGUGCGGAAUCAAGGGGGAAUGCCUCGAAAUUUACCGAAGGAUUUGACGAGUGGUAUGCGCAAUAUCGUACUGCUCACAUGCAGUCUGCUGGCCAUCAUCUCCCUGCUAUCUCCUAUCUUCAGGGGCAGGGGCGAGUACUGGAGCAAAGCGCAUUGGACUCGCGUGGCCAAGCACACGAGUCCCUUCUCAAAGGGGGCGUAGGACGUGUUAUUACAGACCCUGUGACGGGGCUUCAGUAUUACGGACCUCAACAACACUCGCACUCUCAUCUUCACACUCACUUCCACAUUCAUCCUCACGAGCAGCAACAUUUACAGAAUUUACAGGCUGCCAAUCUAUCGGCAAUUGAUCAAGCUUAUCUACAACACCCGGGAAUCAGUGCCUGGAGGAACCACCCGUCUUUAUGGCACAAUCCAGAACUGUUACAUCUCCAUGGUAGCGGCGCGCGUGGAAUGUUCCCCGAGGAAUUGGCGCACGCCGCUGUGCCGGUUCACGGGCUCGGCUCGACACCACUGGAUCGUCAACUGCAGCAACAACUUAUGAUGACCCAACAGAGUAAAUAUCACGCUCAACAUCUAUUACCACACGAAGAGUUUAUGCGGUGUUUGAGGCAGCACAAUCGAGCUCAACAAAGACUAGAAAGCGAAAAAAACGACCAUUGGCUCCCGAGCAUUCUAAAGAAGGAUCAUAGAAAUCUGCAGAGCCCUUCACAACUUGAAAAUGUAGUGAAGAAGAACCUGGACAGCUCUGGAGUGUAUUCUUCGCCUUCCAAGAAACCUGUCACUAUAGACUUAUCGAAUGACUAGGCUAGUUGUUUAGCAUGUUUUCAGUUGAAAUUAAACCCUAAAGAAAUUUAUUCAAAGCGAAAAAUAAUUUAAAGAUCAUUCUUCAUAUUGUUCAUAGAUCGUUAAUUAUUAAAAAGGGGUGUCUGCGAGUUACACGUUUCCCAACAACCAAUAUAGAAAUGGCAGAACUGUUUCGUUUAUAUUUAAAAUUUAUUUUAGGUCUGUUGAACUUGCGGAGAGAAAUAACCUAUUUAUUUCUUACUAAACGUAUAUAAAAUUAGGUGGGGAUUUUUGGAAAUUUGUGCUUUUAUUUUCUUCCGUGGAGUUUAACACACGAGAGUUAAAAAACGUUCCGUUCAUUUUAUUAGCAUCGAAUGAUGGAAAAGAACUUCUACCACACAUUAUUUUCUAUGCGAAGUAUGACUUCACUCCCUCGUACUUAGUACCGUUAAAAAAGAGUGGGAAUAGCGUAACGGCAUAUAUAAAAAAGCUUUAAAACUAUAUUUUAUUUAAUACAUUCUGUUUUGUAGAUUUUGGGUAUAAUUUUGUUUAUUUCCUAUAAGAGCCGAUUGUCUUGAAAUCAUUUGAUAUCUAAAAGGCCUGUAAAGACGUAAUACGUAACGGAAAAAGAAUAAAAAAGCUGUACAUACAUAUUAAAUUUUGUUCACUUAAUAACAAAGGUGUUUCGCGACAUACUGAAGAGAUCAUUUAGCUUCCGCUAAAUAAUGGAAAUUAACGAAUCGAUCAAAAAGGAAGAAUUAUCUUAUAAAAAAUCUUAUUACCGACCACCGCUCGAGGAACUGUAGGAUGGCCAGUCACGAGAAGUGAUAUGUUGUUUGCAGGGAUUAAAGAGUUCGUUGAUGAAACGAGUUUCUUAUUGAGCGGAACACGAUCUUUGCGAAAUCUAAGCAAGUUCUGUAACUUCAGUAUUUCGACAUUUCGAAACAUUCCUUAUAGAGAACUCGUGAUGUGAUUUGUAAAUAAAUGUUAUUUAUAACGUUCUUGUAUGUAAAAGGAUUUGUAAUAAAGUCCUUUCACUUGGU